CCACUUCAAUAUCUUUUACAUAGUUUCAUUAUACGGUACACAUAAGUUAUACUUACCUCUAAUACAAACCAUUCUAUAUACGUGUUUUUUACCUGUGCAUAGGGCUGAUCUUGCAUCCCUGACAUGUUUUUUUCUCUCUUUUCCUCCAUUUUCAUCAACACACAAAAGAUUCAGUAAAAAUACAGCAAGGUUUCGUUUAAAUAGCUGUGCAUUAUUUAGAAUACCCACAAAUAUGUUGUAAGUACACAUACCACGGAUUCUCCUGUCUUUUCAACUAACUAACCAACACCCACCAUCGCAUGCACGAUUCCACACGAAUUCCCCAAUCCAGAUGGCGGCAUACUCCAUGUUUGUCGCCACCAUGGCAUUCCACGCCAAAAUAAGCGACCCGGCGAUCGGAGGGACUUACAUGACUCUCCUCAACACGGUAUCGAAUCUCGCGGGAAUGUGGCCGGGAACGCUGUCUCUCUGGCUGGUGGAUAACGUGUCGUUCAAGGACUGCGAGGGAGUGACGGACUUCAGCCUCGACUGUGACACAAUGCAGGAACUACAGGCUCUGAAGCCGCAGGGGGGUCCAAAAAAACUGCGUCACUCAUCUCGACGGCUACUACGUGGAGAUCUUGGCUGGCAUUGUGAUCGGCCUUCUCUGGUACUUCCUCACAAACCGUCGCGUCAAACGCCUUCAAGAACUCGAUGAAUCGGCUUGGAAAUGUUCAUAAACUGUACAAUACGAACUCCGUAACAUUUCUACCCCAAUAUUCAGGUUCUUACAGUAUCAUUCAUAUCACGUCCAAUCACCUCCAUCAUUACGUAUAGGUACAUUUUGGAAGUAAAUAGACACUUUGUAUAAAUAGGGUUACUUGUUUCAGCGCAAUAUUAUCGUUGCAACUUGCCCUCUCAUACCUUUUGUGACAUCAUUAUGACAUCAUUGUCAACAGAUAGUCCUCCAUUCUACUGUACUUCAGUUUUGCUGCUAAUUUCAAGCUAAAAGUACCACAGUUGAACCA